AUGGUGGUAUAUUUGGCAUUAACAAUUGUACAUGUCCAUCUGGAUGGAUGGGUGACUGCUGCAAAGAAGCCUGCACAAAUGUAUAUUUUGGUAACAAUUGCCAACAAGUAUGUAGCUGUGAAAAUGGCAUUUGGUGAUCAUAUAACUGGAAAAUGUGCAUGUUAUACUGGUUGGACUGGAAGAAACUGCAAAAAACCAUGUAACUAUCAAUAUUUUGGUGUUGACUGCAAAGAAAACUGUGAAUGUGAAAAUGGUAAAUGCAAUCACGUGACCGGAAAUUGCACCUGUCAGCCUGGAUGGACUGGAAGUACUUGUAAUGAUACUUGCAAGUAUGGAUAUUUCGGACUUGGAUGUCUUGCAAAAUGCUCGUGUCAAAACGGAUACUGUGAUAAUGAAAGUGGAAACUGUACGUGUGAAGUAGGCUGGAACGGUUUACCUUGUGAUGAAAUUGUUAGCAAUUCGCGUUAUGGAAACUUGUAUACGACGAAAUUUGGAGGUUUUGUGGUUUUGAUUCUGAUGCUCAUAUGUUUGGCAGUCAUUUGUAUAAAGUUACGUCGUAUCAGGAAUCAAGCAUCACAUACAACAACGAGAAUUACACCACCAGCACCUACAAAUACGGAGGACACAUCUCAACACUACGAGUAUAUAGAUACAGGCAAUUCCAGCAUUAACAAUGAACAUGAACAAAUAACGGAGCAGUACGAAAAUCUACGUACCUCUGACGAUUACGAAGAAAUGUCUGACUACGAUAUUAUUAUAAAACAAAACACUGGGUGUGAAAACACAACUAACAUAAAUUUACAUCAGUAUGAACCUCUACGUGGAUCAAAGAAACGUUCACAUAUUUAUUUAAAAACUCGUCCUGACGGAGAUCAGAUGUAUUCAGAAGUCUAUGGAUAA